AAAAUAUUGUGGACCGAUUUUGUUACGUUUGCGUUUUGUCAAGCUGGUUUCGGCACGUGUAAACAACAAUCUUGUAGUUAUAGCUAGAUGGUUUGUCAUCCUUUAAAACACUAAAUAUCAUGAGCAAUUAGCCAAGUGGCUAAGUUAAGGCGACUCACAUUCAACGAAAGCAACAAAUUCGGAAGAAACUACUGCAGAUUGGUUGGUAAACAUUCUUAACUGAUACCAGCAUAUCAGAAGGUCAUGGAAAGUACAGAAAAGCUAGGAAAGAAGUCAGCACCCGAUACAGACCAAUCACCGGACGGAGAGGUACCUUUCUCAGAAAUGGGAUGUAAAAAAUUGAAGCUGACCACGAACGACGAACCGGUAAGGUGUAAAUUUUUCGUACUGCGGAAGAAGCGGCUCUGCAAAAUGACCGUCGGCCACGGAAAGGAAUUCUGUGGUGAACAUGAGCCCGUCCAAGCCCCCUCGGAAGCGGAUAACGGCAUCAGCUCUGAUCGUAUACCGUGUCCGUUGGACCCGAAGCACACGGUUUCGGUAACAAAACUAGAGAAACAUUUGAAGAUUUGUAACGCUCGACCGGCGGCUGAGAAGUUGCCGUACAUUGUCACCGGCAUCAACGGUGGUUCCGAGGGCGAAGAACAGCAACACCCGGGUAGUUCAGCGCUGCAGAAAAAAUUAACUGACAUACCGACUAGCCAACUAUUGGCUCUUGUAGCAAAAAUUAACUCAAUCUACAGCGCCAGCGUUGGCAGUAUACAGGAAUUUUCACCUCGCCAUCCCAUUUUGGAGCAGGAGCUCGCCACGGACCAUUACGGGCCGCAAACCUUAAAGCACCUUACCCAAUCGUCGGCCCUGCUCGGCCUGAUGGAGCACUUCAACUUCCUGCAAAAUGGUACCGUUUUUGUGGAAUUCGGUGCCGGUAAAGGUCAGGUUUCGUACUGGCUGGCACGAAUAAUCGAGCAGCAGCUGAGUAGCUGCAAGGUGUUGCUAAUCGAUCGUGCCUCGCACCGUCACAAGAAGGACAACAAAAUCGAAGACCGCGACAUUGUGCAGCGGGUGCGGGCAGACAUUGCGGAUCUAGUGCUGGAGCAGCUCGAUCUACCGGAUACGACCAAGCAGUUGGUCGGCAUUGGGAAACAUCUCUGCGGCAGCGCAACGGAUCUAGCGCUUCGGUGUCUCGUAAACUACAGGAAAAAGGUAAAAACUGUGACCACCGCUAAAGGCUGUCUGUUUGCGCUCUGUUGCCAUCACCGGUGCGAGUGGAAAAGCUUUGUGGGGAAACGGUUCCUGUUGGCCAACGGAAUCGGUCCCGAGGAGUUUGAGUGCAUUGUACGCAUGGUUAGUUGGGCCGUAUGUGGCACGGGACGGAGCCGUGAACGGAAGGCCGAAACGGAAAUGUCCGAAGCUGACGGUAAAGAAGAUCGAUGUGGUCUGACUAGAGUGCAGCGCGAAGAAAUCGGUAGAAAAUGUAAGCGUAUUUUGGAUAUCGCACGUAUCGAAUACAUGGAGAAAAGUGGAUACGAUGCCCACUUGAAGCAUUACGUGAAUACGGAUAUAACUUUAGAAAACGUGAGCCUUGUUUGCAUUGAGAAAACAGGCCAGCAAACAACACUCCCUUCUGAAUAAUUUGUUGCGAAAGUUACCCUGAUUUCGUGUCGGAGUAACAAGAAAAUCUUUAUGGGAUGUUGUGAGUUGUUUUAGCAUUAACACAAAUGUUUUAUAUUUAAAACCGACGAACGAAAUGCAAUAAAAAUGAAUUAUUUAAAUAGUCGAGAUUGUA